UAAUGUUUGUCUGUGAAGGUUCUCAGUCAUCCAGGUCAUUGUAGUCUAAGGAGCUUGGAAAGAAAAGCGUCUGGACUUCUUUAAGUUGCUUGAAGACGUUUCACCUCUCAUCCGAGAAGCUUCUUCAGUUCUAAGGUCAAAUGGUGGAGAGUCCCAGAUUUAAACCCAGUGGGAGUUUCCCCCUAUUUCAGGAUUGUAAAAUUGGUUAUUUGCUAUGGAGGAAUUAACCAGCGCUGGAUUUUAAAUAAUAAAUUAAGGUCUCAAGACAAUCAUGGAGAUGACUACUCACUAUUUUGAUCAGAGCACUACAGCUACUGCUACUCAUGGAAAUGACUCUGAAAAAACUAAUGACUACGACUUGAAUUACUUUGCUCAGUUGUUUCAGUCAUUUGAUCCCAUGUCUAUCGCUGUUUUCUCCCUGGUCUCUGUUCUUGGCGUGCUCGGGAAUGGAGUGGUUAUCUGGGUGACCGGGUUCAAGAUGAACAAAACUGUUAACACAGUUUGGUACCUCAAUCUUGCUGUGGCUGACUUUCUCUUCGCAGCAUUUCUGCCCUUGAAUGUGACUUCCUUAGCUUUAGGGUCUCACUGGCCCUUUGGCAAUUUCAUGUGCAAACUGAGCACCACUCUAAUCUCUCUGAACAUGUUUGUCAGUGUCUACAUUCUGCUGGUGAUCAGUGUGGACAGAUGUGUGUCUGUGGUGUGGCCCGUGUGUGCUCAGAACUACAGAAAUGUACGCAAGUCAUCCUAUGUGAGUCUGUGUGUUUGGAUACUGGCUUUGAUUCUCAAUGCUCCGUACCUUUACUUCAUGGACACCGAGCAACAGUCUGGAGACAAAAUAAUCUGCUUUGACACUCUUUUCGACUAUAAAAUACGAUUUCAAAACCAGUAUCGUCUUCAAGCCAUUGUCAUCACCAACUUCUUCCUAGGAUUUGCAGUCCCCUUCACUGUCAUUGUGUCUUGUUAUGGUGUCAUCAUCCAUCAUGUCAGGAGAAACCGCAACCUGGCUAGCCAGUCAAGUCGCGCCUUUAAAAUUAUUGCUGCUAUUAUCAUCGUUUUUUUCAUGUGCUGGGCUCCCUUUCAUAUUAUACGUCUAAUUGAGCUGGUUAUCUUCACAGCUGAUACUCAGAGUAAAACAUUACUCCACAUUAUUGCUAUUGGGAUACCUCUCAGCACCAAUUUGGCCGUUCUAAAUAGUUGCAUGAACCCACUACUGUACGUGUUCAUCAGACAAGAUUUUAAGGAUGAAGUCAGAAAAUCCAUUCUAAAAAUUAUGGAGACUGCCUUCCACGAAGAGAAGACACGCCAGACAGAGCAAACAGAGCUUUGAAUCCUGUGGUAUAAGGCAGACAGUGAUGUAACAACACUAUUUUACAAAAAUACAAAACUGUAAAUAAUAAUUAAAAAAAAGAUGUCAAAUUGCUUUUAUGUGUUUUU